AUGGCCCCGUGGCUGCAGCUCUGCUCGGUCUUCUUCACGGUCAACGCCUGCCUCAACGGUUCGCAGCUGGCCGUAGCGGCAGGCGGCUCCGGCAGAGCGCGGGGCGCCGACACCUGCGGCUGGAGGGGAGUGGGGCCGGCCAGCAGAAACAGCGGGCUGCACAACAUCACCUUCCGAUAUGACAAUUGCACCACUUACUUGAAUCCGGUGGGGAAGCACGUAAUUGCUGAUGCCCAGAACAUCACCAUCAGUCAGUACGCUUGCCACGACCAAGUGGCAGUCACCAUUCUUUGGUCCCCGGGGGCUCUCGGCAUCGAAUUCCUAAAAGGAUUUCGAGUAAUACUGGAGGAGCUGAAGUCGGAGGGAAGACGGUGCCAACAACUGAUUCUAAAGGACCCAAAGCAGCUCAACAGUAGCUUCAAAAGAACCGGAAUGGAAUCUCAACCUUUCCUGAAUAUGAAAUUUGAAACGGAUUACUUUGUGAAGAUCGUCCCUUUUCCUUCCAUUAAAAAUGAAAGCAAUUACCACCCUUUCUUCUUUAGAACCCGUGCCUGCGACCUGUUGCUGCAGCCGGACAACCUGGCCUGUAAGCCGUUCUGGAAGCCCCGGAACCUGAACAUCACUCAGCACGGUUUGGACAUGCAGGUGUCCUUUGAUCCCGCACCACACACCUUUGGCUUCCGUUUCUUCUAUCUUCACUAUAAGCUCAAGCAUGAAGGGCCUUUCAGGAGAAAGACCUGUAAACAGGAGCAAAAUACAGAGACAACCAGCUGCCUCCUUCAAAACGUUUCUCCUGGGGAUUAUAUAAUUGAGCUGGUGGAUGACACUAAUACAACAAGGAAAGUGAUGCAUUAUGCCUUAAAGCCAGCACAUUCCCCAUGGGCUGGGCCCAUCAGGGCUGUUGCCAUCACUGUGCCGCUGGUUGUCAUCUCGGCAUUUGCGACCCUCUUCACCGUGAUGUGCCGCAAGAAACAACAAGAAAAUAUAUAUUCACAUUUAGAUGAAGAGAGUUCUGAGUCGUCCUCGUACACCACGGUGCUCCCCAGGGAGAGGCUCCGGCCACGGCCCAAGGUCUUCCUCUGCUAUUCCAGCAAAGAUGGCCAGAACCACAUGAAUGUUGUCCGGUGUUUUGCCUACUUCCUCCAGGACUUCUGUGGCUGUGAGGUGGCUCUGGACCUGUGGGAGGACUUCAGCCUCUGCCGAGAAGGGCAGAGAGAAUGGGUCAUCCAGAAGAUCCAUGAGUCCCAGUUCAUCAUCGUGGUGUGUUCCAAAGGCAUGAAGUACUUCGUGGACAAGAAGAAUUACAAGCACAAAGGCAGCGGCCGCGGCUCUGGAAAAGGGGAGCUCUUCCUGGUGGCGGUGGCGGCCAUCGCGGAGAAGCUCCGCCAGGCCAAGCAGAGCUCCUCUGCCCAGCUCAGCAAGUUCAUCGCCGUGUACUUCGAUUAUUCCUGCGAGGGCGAUGUUCCUGGCGUCCUAGACCUGAGCACCAAGUACAAGCUCAUGGACAACCUUCCCCAGCUCUGUUCCCACCUGCACUCCAGAGACCAUGGCUUCCUGGAGCCUGGGCAGUACCUGGGACAGGUGAGCAGAAGGAACUACUUUCGCAGCAAGUCAGGCCGGUCCCUUUACGUCGCCAUUUGCAACAUGCACCAGUUUAUCGACGAGGAGCCUGACUGGUUUGAGAAGCAGUUCGUCCCCCUCCGGCCUCCCCCACUCCACUCCCGAGAGCCAGUGCUGGAGAAGUUUGACUCGGGCUUGGUGUUAAAUGAGGUCAUGUGCAAACCAGAGCCCGAUGGUGAUUUCUGCCUCAAGGCGGAGGCUGCGGUCCCCGGGGCACUGGCCAACUCGCCCUCGGAGGGCCUGCAGUUGGGCCUGGACCAAGACGCAGAGGCUGGGCCCGGGCCAGGGGGCGGCUCGGUCCUGCGGCCCCUGCUGCACGCCAGGAAAGCCUCCAGCCCCUUGGACAUGCCUCGGGACUCGGGCAUCUACGACUCGUCAGUGCCCUCCUCGGAGCUGUCCCUGCCCCUAAUGGAAGGACUCUCGGCAGAUCAGACAGAAACAUCUUCACUGACAGAGAGCGUGUCGUCCUCCUCCGGCCUGGGUGAGGAGGACCCUCCUACCUUCCCUUCCAAGCUCCUGGCCUCCGGGGCGUGCAAAGCAGACCCUGGUUGCUACGGCUACACUGGUGAACUCCACGCGGUCGCCCCUUUGUAACGAAACGGAAGUAGAGUCUAAGCAUUGCCACUUUAGCUGCCGCCUCUCUCUGGUCCCCCAGCUCUUCUCUCUGGUUGCGCAGUCCACUUGGAGCUGAGGUCUCCGACAAGGAUAUUUGGAGUGAAAUUCGGGCCAAUACUUGCUCUCCGUGCCCCAUCCCUCUACCUGGUAUCUUGGCCAAGUCUCCAAUUUUCUCAAACCAUAUGGGUAUCUCUGAAAGGCAUAUCCAUAAGGCCCGAGAGCAGCUUGUCCCGUUAGGUCAGACCUUGGAUUAGAGUCGGUUCUGGGAGGUAGGGAGGAAACAGGCACAGAGAUGCAGGAACAUACCUGCACUGAUCACUCAGAUUUUGUUUCUCUCUGCAAACUUUGCCUGUUUGCCGUUGGCUACUUUGAACUGAAAGUUGUGUGGGAGAAGCACUCUUAGUACCAUUCUAGCCACAGAAAUCAAGUGCCAGUCUUUCUGGGAUCCAUGUUGCUACAGAUGAUGGUUUUAGUGUAGAAUUUGCAGUGCUGUGGGUGUCCAAAAGAGCUCCGAGUCAAAGGUCAAAAAGGUAACUGAGUCUACUAUCCCCUUUCCUAAAAUGAGUCUUUAUGUAUUAGUGGGGGCAUGGCUGGCUGAGGUGGGGGCUGUGGGGUUAGGCUGAACAUGCCAUCAGUAUUUCCUGACCUGGGUUGGUCAUUGUGCAGAAAGCAUCAAAACUUAGGGCACAGGAACACCUGUUGGUGUGAGGAGGCAUCAUGGGGGGGCCAGAUCUGCCUGCCAGGUUUCCCUGGGUUCUGUUCGCUGUGCAGUAUCUCAGACGUUGCUGCCUGGAAGUUUAUUUUUAAAAGACAAAUACCCAACUGGGCUGUCUUACUGGAAGCUGGAGUUCAUGCUUCAGUGGACUUCUCUUCUAAAGCUGUGUCUGGAAUAUUAGGGAUCAGGAUCGACUGAAAUAUGGCUGUGCAUACAGAUGGCAGCCACUUACCUUGCCGAGCCAGUUUUGACUAAUGAGAAGUCUCAUUUUAAGGGGGUGCGAAGAAGGGAACGGUCACGAAGAUGAGUGUGCUCUUCUAAUAGCAUCUGAAGAAGACAGGAGACCUGAAAUCAUUGAAUUCUUGAAUCUUAAAGUACUCCCCAUCUCCCCACUCCCCUCAAUAACCCAGCCUGUGAAUCAUGUUUCACUGCGUGUUUCUGUUCUACGUACCAGACAAAAGAUUUGUCUCUUGUGCUCUCUUCUACCAAAAGAGCUAUUUAGAGCUUAGGGGGAAAGAAUUUGCUUUAAAAAGGGAAAGUAAAUGUUCUGUUUCUAUGAAUGAUGUUUCUCCAGAAUUUCUGUUUCCAAAAGAGAAAACAGGUGUUCAAAUCCUGUUUGUGUAUUAGGUAUGUGGGUCAUGAUGACUUGGUCUUCCCUGUAGAAACCCCUGUCCCCUUGAGGGCUUGUAAGCAUAUUUCUCCACCUUUUUCGUGGGUGCUGUUGGAUUUGAGCACCCUGCUUUUACUCAGCACUCACACAGGGGAUCCUGGGUUUCACUCCUUUAGCAGACAGGAUCAAUAUUACGGGAGAUACUGAGGAACAGCUCAAGGAGGGGUAGGAGGUGACACGGGGCAUGACUUUUCCAUCCAAGCACAUGCUUGGCAGAUGGGGAAGGGAAGGUUUGCAGCCUUGCUGGAAAGAAGAGGUUUGUGUGUAUUUUUGAUGCAAAUGCCACACUGCAUGUUCUGGAAAGGCAGCUGACGGCUUCUUGGAGAAGAACGUGCUUGUCUGUCUCCGGCAUCAAGUUUCCUGCAGCUGCUCUGAAGGGGAGACAAGGGAGCUGCAGAACUGUCUCCCCCAUAAAACCAGGCAUCUUGUUGGAGAAGAGAUGUUCCAUGUCACUGUGGAAUCUGGGACAUGUGCAGAGCUCAUGCCCACACGUGACUGUCCUGCCAUUCUGCCGUUGGGAUAAGUUCUGCAAGGGAACUUGCGAACAUGAAAAUUCACUUUGGAACAUUAUCAGAGAGACUGAGGCCAAGAAAUGGUGCAUGCUCCAAAGGAGCCAUGAGGAGCUACUUUUGGGAUAUUCAGCUUUGCACAUAAAAUGAGGCAUCUCUGAGAAAGCGAUCCCCAGAGCAGCACGGAGGACUGGGGGUGGGGGGAACAUCAAUGGAGCUCCAUGAGCAUGGGCAGAGAGAUGGCUAAAUGAACUUACUUCUUUUGAAGAUGCAAGAGGAAAAACUGUGCUAGACCAAAAAUCAGGUAAAGUUUUAGUUUGGAUUUAGGGUUUGGAUACCUAUUUUUAAGAACUAAUGUUUCUUAUGUUUCAACACAAUUAAAUUCUAACAUACCAAGUAGCAAAACCAUAGUAUGAAUGCCUAAGUCAGACUAAGUUGAGAUGUCCCAACUUUGUGGUUUUGCCUUAUUUGUUUCUCCUCCUCCUCUUCUUCUUCUUCUUCUUCUUCUGUACCCUUUCCAUCUCUUGCUGGGAAUGAGAACAGUUGCUUUGCAGAUUAAGGCAAAACAUCUGUUUUAAGCAGGGCUGCAUUCUUUGACAUUGUUCCGGAUAAUGGAAAUGGUAAGAUAGAAUUCAGAUAAAAGUUCUGCUGAACCACAGCCUUUCAGAAAUUGGGGCUAUAAGACUUAGACUAUAGGGAUGGACUCCAUGAGAAGCCAUGAUCUGGAGACUAAGAGGCUUGUGUGGCUAAGUUAGCUGGUGUCCUCUGGGCAGGAGAGCAGGGGUAGGUGCAAGGAACCAGGUAAGCAAGUCUUGAAGGUAGUUGAAGGUAGGGAGCUAGUUGUUGAUCUUAACUCACCAGUGCCCUGCAGAAAGGACUUCGCAUCGGAUAUAGUCAGCUUUGCAGAGUGGGAGGGAUUAGGGAGCUGGAAGCCCAGGUAAAGGUGAGCUUUUCUCCCAGAGGUUGGCUCCAAGCAACAAGAACCACCUAGACAGACCCAGGCCAGACACACAGGAGGGGCAGUGUCCUCCAGACGGCCAAAUCCUGGGCCUUUGGGGCACACUGGUCUCCAGAAAGAAUCAGAAGUCACUCAGGUCCAGGCCUAGGUGUUCAUGUUGGGUGACCAGCCAGGUAAUAGCAUUUUGAGCCAAAAAUGAGAUGGGACCUUAAAGUCAUGAGACAGGUUUUGGUUGACACAUUAGUAAAAACUGAAGACAGUCCCAGAGCACAGUUCGAAAAGUGUCUUUAACAGCCAUGACAUUGGAAUCCAUGUGUAGUAAUUUAAGUUCAUGUAUGUUGACACAUCAGAGUUCAGUCUUGCUACUUCAUAGCUGCAAAUGUCUUUUUUUUUUUUUUAAACCAACGCCUCAUCUCAGAUUCCCUGACUUAAGCACAAAUAAACAGGAAGACAGUCCCUCCAAAAAUGUGGAGUUAGAUGAUUUUCAGAACUUUUCCUUUUUCCAGAAUUGAGCAUCCUUUAAAGAAACGAAAACUAUUUUAUUCCUGGAGAAGAAAUGAUAUACACUCCUCUUAAAGAAAACCCCACGAUCCCCAAUAGCCUCAGCACUAGGUUGACUCUUUCAGGGGAGAAUUAUUCUUUGUGUCCUUAUUGGAGAGAUGUAGGUGGACAAUACCCAUGUGAGGGUUAUUAGCCUUUUCUGUUGUUUGUGAAGACUGUUGCUCUUAUGUAGUGGAUGUCUUCAGGGGGUGCCCAUGCAGCAGGCCAGGAGUAAUGAUAAACAAGGUGUGGUGAUAAAUGACAAUGAGCUGCCUCCUCAGUGUCAGAGAGACCAUAGGGCAUGGUGGGGACUGUGCCAAACAAGUGCUUCCUGCAGGAGGCACUUCCCACCUGCAGGAAGGCAGCUCUUCCAGGCAGUUGUGGCCAUGUAGUGUUUACUGAUUUUUCCAUUUUUCAAGAGAGGCUG